AUCCUGUCAGAUAUAAAGAAAAAAAGAAGGGGAGGGCAGAUGGAAGGAAAGAGUGAGAUGGCGAAAGAAAGGGGGGGGCUGGAGUAGAGAGAGAGAGGGGGGCACAAGAGUUAAAGGGAAUGAUGGUGAAAGAGAUAAAGCAAGGUGGCAGGGUGUGAGGAACAAAAUUGCCCCUCAGUAUUGGAACUUGGUGGAAGGGCUGGUUUUGAUGCCAGAACUUUGGACCCCCCAUUUUUUUUUUAUCGUCAACGUUGACAGGGGAAAAGAAGUGGUGGGGGGAGGAGGAGGAGGUCACUCUGGAAUCGUUGGCCGCACGGGGCGGUGAGGACCAGAGACUGUGUAUCCGCGAAAUUCGAAGAGUCAUUUGUUGCUUCUGAUGCCAUGUGUUGCUGUUUAUCAAAACACCGGACUCGCACGAGUCUUCGAAUCUAGUAUUUGUAUGUGGUCAUUUAGACUAAACAUUGUAAACUGACCAACACCUGAAACAGCAAGGAUGUAGCGGAAGCUUACUGCUGUGCUAUCUGAUACUGCAUUCAGUAAAUGUGGAAAUGUGUGAUUCCUGAAAUUUUGACUAAAGGACAAAGAAAAUAAAAAAAUCACGAAAAUUAUUAGCAUAUCAGAUUAUCAUUCAUUAGGAACCUUGGAAGGCUUAAUUCUGCGUGUUUGUAUGACAAGAUAUCUCGCUUUCCUUCAAGUGUUGUUCAUUCAGACAAAGGAUGUUUAAUGCUGUUUUCUUUCCAAUGGAAAUCUAAGAAUAUAUCAACUACGGCCAAGAUGUUCGAAUCUCCAAGUGAGAGGUUACAAAUAGCUGCCAACAAAGUAAUGAACUCAGUGACUACGUAAUCUGCAAGAGAAAACUUAUUCAAUGCAUCUGAGUGCUUGUUAGUCUGUUUUUAUGUACUCUGGAAUAUCUGAUUCGUCUGCACACAUUAGGUCAUUGUUCAAUGCAUUAGGGAGCUGGUCUUCCAACACGCAGUGACUGUUGUUGAAUACCAGUAGCAUGCCAUGUUCUCGGGGCUUCGGUAGGACCGGCUGUGUUGGACCUUCUUGUUCCAGGACACUUCACGCUAAUGGAACACAUGUUUGCUUUCAGCAUCGGACAGCCCACCCCCAAAAAAUAUCCCCCGACGUUGUCUCAACUGCAAGGGAGAAAAUUUGGUUGACAACGCUUCUUCAACUCCAUUGACCUCCCUUGUGUAGUGUGUAUCUCGUCUCAUUAAAAAGCAACAUAAUUCUGACGUCGCUGUGGAUCAAGUUUUGACAAACAAUUCUCCUGGAAGAAGGCCACGCUGGGAGUUCUACAGGAUUUGAUCUCAACGCUCUCCGCGUAGACUCACGGGACUUUCUCACAAACAUUAUUAACUACAAUAAAUAUCAACUUUCAUAUCAUUAGAUUAUUUUGCCCCACGGAGUAGGGGCAACGUACUCCCCCCCCCCCUAAGUGAUUGCCUCACAAGUAAAUAUCAAUCUCCCCUCCCCCUCACAAUUGUUUUAUUUUCCAAGGAAAUAGAUUUUGAGGUAGGACAUCUUUAAAUCAGCUGCUGGUGGGUCAAGAAAGUGUCGCAUUGCUCUACUUGAUAAAACAUUGACUCUAUUUGACUACACACCACUAGCUAGUAACGCACGUGUGAGCAAGGAAGUAUUGCCCUUAGCAAGAUGUGAGCGGCAAGGACAUAAUGGAGUUGCAGACACGGGAACUCGGCUUGUAUAUCUUGAUCAUAGUGACCCUCAUCGUCUCCGUCACAGGCUAUGUGAGAAUCACCGAACAACUUCGCAACACUGUGGUCGAGGAAGGGGAGCGAGCCAAAUUUGUCUGCAAAGUCGAGGUGCAUCGCUUGGAUGAAGAUAGGCUGACCGUGACCUGGAAAGCAAAUGGUCAGUUUCUCAGCUCGGACGACUCUGGCCGGCUAAUCCAAAAAGAGGAUGGUUCAAGGUUUUCCCUUAUCAUCAAGAAGACGGUGCCGGGUGAUACUGGCGUCUACUCGUGCCUAGCUACCGUGGGAUUGGACACGGACAUGUCUAGCGCUCAUCUCCAAGUUAAGAGUACCCCGGACCCGCCCUCUAAUGUCAAAGUUAGCAGUUGUCAUGGCAACUCGGCCGGGCUGACGUGGGACGCUGCCAGGGAGAACGGCGCUGAGAUCCUGGGCUACGUUGUCCAGUUCAAUACGUCUGAUCAUCCAGAUAUCUGGCACGACUAUGACGAGCAGUUUGAUGGCAGCACCAGAGUCGCCACUCUUCAGUUGUAUCCCUGGGGGACAUACUCAUUCAGGGUCAAAGCCAGAAACGUCAUGGGCUCCAGCAAGCCGAGCGCCACUACCACCCGAAUGUGUACCACGCCGCCGGACCGACCGGAUAGAAACCCAACCAACGUCCGCACCAGGACGGACACGAAGAAGACGCUGGCGGUGGAAUGGACGCCAAUGAACAGGUUAUACUACCACGGGACAAGGUUCAGGUACCAGGUGAAGUGGAGAUUAAAAGGAACAUUUACUUGGGACUCAGCCUACGUUAACGACCCGAACCAGGGAUUUCUGGACAUUGAGACCAACGACGUCUACACAGUCUACGAGAUCCAGGUCAAGGCUGAGAACUCCCUGGGAGAGGCUCACCAGCCGGCCUUUAUUUACCUGGGCCAUUCUGGAGAGUCAGAACCUCUGGUAGCACCUACCAAUUUCUCCUUAAAUCCAGAACACAGCCUAGAGCCACAAACUGCGCACUUCAUAUGGGACGCUGUUGACACAGAUCCAAGAGUCAUGUGUGGGAAGUUCAAAGGUUAUAAGCUACGCUACUGGAAGUCCAUUGAAGGCUGGACCAAGAAGAAAGAAGUAGAAAUCGUCCUGGGAAAAGACUUACACACCCACGGGCCGCAGGUCAAGGUGGCUCUCUCUGACCUGCCAGCAUACACGACACUGAGAGCUCAGGUAGCAGUCAUGAACUCGCAUUACACAGGACCUUUCAGUGACCUUCUGGACUUUUUCACCCCGGAGGGAGUGCCUAGUCCUGUACGAGAUUUACGUUUACAAGCUUACGGUGUUGCCUACGUCUUGCUCAAUUGGAAACACCCAAUACACCCCAAUGGUGUUGUCCUAGGCUAUGACAUUGCCUACCAACAAGUAUCAGGUCAGCAACUUGGGCCCAUACGACCCCUGCUCCCACACAUAAGUAACCCAUCAACAUUGGGGGCACGAAUCACAGGUCUCCAGGCGGCUCACAGGUAUAGAUUUAUAGUGUGGGCGAGGACAAAGCAGGGGCGUGGCGAGCCCAACUUCAUCGAUAUGAUGACAGCCAAAGGACAAUUGCCACACCCACCUCGUGUCCAUGUGGCUGAACUCAGCAACUCCAGUGUAAACAUCACGUGGAUGUCUGACCAGCCGGCCAAAGACAUGAAGUAUCAAGUAGAGUAUCGACAGUCUGGUCACAAUGACUGGCACAACACAGACUACGUUCAGGACAAGUCCUGGAUGACGCUGGACAAAGCCAAUGUCCCGGUGAACGAGCUAGAGGUGAGACUAGUGGCCAGCAACAGACUGGGCGACACGGCAACCAGCAAAACUGUAGCUGUGGCCAAAUCCUUACAUACAGAUAGCCAACCAGAGCACAGGAAACAAGCCAGAAACAGGGCUUCUACCACCUCGGCCAUGCGACCAGGGUGGACUGUCCAGAUGUUCUCUCUCUCCUUGGUUGUGAUGGUCAGUCUAGUGCUAAAUCCAUGCGUCUUCCAGCGGUGACACAAUGCGGACAAAUUCGUUCCAUUUGUCCAGCUUAAUGAGCAUCUCAUCCAACUGGACCUCCUUGACCAGACUGUUGAUAUUAAUGAGCAUCUCAUCCAACUGGACCUCCUUGACCAGACUGUUGAUAUUACUAUGAUCUUCAUUGGAACUUUUGUUUGAUACGUAUUACACUGAAGUUAUUUGCUGAUUCUUUGAAAUCGGUUAACUGCAUUUCUAAUUUGGAUAUUUUAUUUAGAAUAUUAUAUACCUGUUUAAAAAUGUUGAAUUUAACAAUAUAAUUGGUGUUUAUUAAAUUCGUUUUUGCUUUUACGUGUCUCCUGUUGGUUAUAGAAAAAAAAAUAUUAUUAGGUUUCCUUUUAAAAAAAAAAAAGAGAAAAAAAAACAUUCUGAGCUACUAAAGAAAAAGAGAAAAAAAAAGUUUUGUCAACAUUAGUUAAUAAUUGCAGCCAAUGAACUGUUGGAGUUUUAAAAUGUCUCUUUAAAUCAUUAGAUAAAAGAUAAUAACAAGAAAAGACUUUUAGGUUUCUAAUUUCUCUAAGAAAAUCCACCGGUAUUUCAAAUCUAUUUGUACACAAAUCCCAAUAUUAACUAUUUUGUAUUUUUCCAUAAUGAUAUCUAACCAUACCAUGAAUGUCUUCAAUCCAUUCAAACCCAUUAUUCAUAUUAUAUAUAUAUAUAUGUUUUAAAAUGGUUGAUUGUAAAUACAGAUAGAAUUUAUAUCCAUUUCUGCAUAAAAUGCAAUACAAUGUAUUAUUUGACUUCGUAUUUUUGUUUAUAAUGAUUGUUGUUAUAACGCUAAACAAAAGUUUACUCUAUUUAAACUACGUAUUCUAGACAUGAAUAUAAUCCUUGUAAAUAUUAUAUGACGAUAUCAGUUACAAUGUAAUUUUUUAAAUAAACAUUGUCAUUAUAAAUGUUAUAUACCUUUAUUAUAAGAUUUAAAAGUCUUUUUUAUAAGAAAUGUUUAGAGAGUGAAUAUUUAAUUCGUGAUAUUUGGUGGUUAGAUAGAUAAACAGUUAGACACAGGGCCGGUCUUACGCAUAAGCAAACUAGAUCAUCGCCUAGGGCAGCGGUCGGCAACCUUUUGAGUCGGAAGAGCCAAAAAUUAUAAUUUACAAAAUUUUUAAGUUGUUAAAGAGCCACAAAGAUUUUUUCUUGCCAACUAUAAAUAGUUGUCAAACAAUGAAUUUUUUAAAAUGAAAAAAAGAAAGAAUUCAUUUAUAAGUAGUGUUUUUCACAACAAAUUAGAUAAUCGAGCAAACAAAUUCAGUGGGAGCAUUGGCUUUGUAUGGUUUUUAGAAAGUUUGGCUCAUAACUUGUUGUUUUUGGUUUCAAACACGACUCUAAAUUUUCAUUUGUUAGUUGGUUUCUUACCUUACUUUUAAUUAUAUUCAUGCAAGAGAACGCUUGCUCGCACAACUAAGUCGACCCAAAGAUAGUUAGCACUUCGAAUGCUAACUUCACCUCACUGUAGCAAUCUGGGAGAUUAUUCCAUGCGCCGAAUCAAUUCGCGGCAUUUCUUUGAAAGCUGUCCACUUUUGUUGCGUUACGUACAUACAUUUCUGGACCUUCAACUCUUCCAACUUGCUUUUCAACUCUGUGGAUUUCGUUACUAUUUGUGUUGAUAUGGUGUACUCGGAAUGCUAGAAUGGUUUUGUUGGUUUUGAACUGCUUAAAUCUGUCAACAAAUUCAUCUUUGAUUUUUUUUAUAACUGUGCUGAAGUAAUUCGUGUAAAAAGUUGCACAGAUUUUAUCGCUAUACUGCUAUAGACAUUCAAAAUGAAGUAAUUGACCGCUCUGAAUAUCUUCUGCAAAAAAAAAUUAAUUUUUCUUCAAAACAAACCAAUUCCUAUAUCAAAACAUAGGCUGGGUUUUCCUUUCCUUGCAGUUUUAGAUUCAGCUCAUUUAAUUUUCGCUGUUUUUAGUUUUGGCUGUUAAAUCAAUCAUAAAGUGAAAUUUUUGCAACUAUUUGUCGUUCUCUAAUUCGAUGUGAUCAAUGUCUUUAUCAUUUAGAAAUGUAUUUAUUUCAUUCAAGCUCAAAGCAAAACGUUUCAUCACCUUACCUUUGGAAAGUCAUAGGUCGGAAUACUGAGUCUCCAUUUCGUUUAAGUGGUAGAGUGCUUUUGACAAGAUGCUGUUAACAGUCUUGAUUACCAAAUUCAUGACCUCAUCUAUUUCGGUCUUCUUGGUGCAUUAUUCAGUGAAACAUAAGAAUUUCUUGGUUUAUUUUUGCUCCGACGAAUCAGUGUUGCCCUUUUAUUUUUUUCUGUCAUACUUCUGGCUCCAUCAGUUGCUAAUGAAAUAAUUUUAUCUUAUUUUCUUCAAGGUAUUUUUGCAUAGCAUUUGCUGUAUCGUCCCCUCUAGUUUUGUCACGAUAGCGGUACACGUAGCAAUUCUAGGAACGAAAUAUACCUGACAAAAAGGCAACGUGUGCCGUCAUGUCUUCAUGGCGUAAGACUAAUCUAUAGCAAGUGAUACGGCAGAAGAAAGUUGAAUAUCUUCCACUUGCAAAUAUGUUAUAUUUGAAGACAUUUUAGCUAUUCUAUUUUGUACUGUUUCAGCAGAUAUUGGCAAAACAUUGUUUGUUAGUUUUUUUCAUGAUUUUUUGGUUUGUUUUUUAAAUUACGAAACAGUUCUUCAGAUGAAAUUAGGAAGCAAUCUUCGACAUACAUCUGUAAAUGGUUCGCCUUUUUGUGUUAUUUCUAGUGGUACCACAAAGCUUGCCAGAAUAGCAUCACUUGUAGAUUGUUUCUAACUUUGAGAAGAUAAUUCGCUUCCUAAUCAUUUACUUGAAACAACAAACUAUACGUCACAGCCAAAGCACGUGGUUAAGACGCCAAUCCGUCUUGCGUCGAAAGCAAAUUAAAACCUACAUAGAAACAUUAGACGACGGUCAAGAGCUUCCGACGGACUGACAACAGUGACGACGCGUGUAAUCAGGGAGGGAUGUGGUGAAAAGCGAGUACAAGUGAUAAUAUUUGCGUAAAGAACUAAAGAGCCGCAGCUUCACACCCAAAGAGCCGCAUGUGGCUCGCGAGUCGCAGGUUGCCGACCCUGGGCCUAGGGCCUCCGAUUGGUAAAGCCUUGCAUUGAACUCUUGUAUUACGUUUUUAGAGAAGAAAUGGCGACAUUUUUCCUCAAUGAUAUUGUUGGAGUACACUAGGUUUUGGAUAAAUUGCAUAAUUUUAUUUUUUUGAUGUAUUUUUUUUUUCAUAUUUCAUUAGGGGCCACUAAAUUCACUUCGCCUAGGCCUUCAAUUAUCUAAGACCGGCCUAACAGGUAGUUUGAUAGAAAUGAUAGAUUGAUAGAUAGAUAAUUUAUUACAACCUUUCAGGAAAAAAUAUGGGAUAAUGAUAAAAAUUAAUAUCCAAACAAUUAAUUGAUGUAGCUUAUGCAUUCCAAAUUUAAGUAUUGGAACUAAUAGCUAAAAAACAAAUAAUGAUUAUGGUAAUAGUAAUUCGCUAACGUUAAAAAUAACAAAGGUUGUUUCUAUGUAAGUCCCUAUUUGUACAAAGUGACUAUUACUGUAUAUCUUCAUAUGUUUUCACUACUUAGAGCGUUGUAUUGUGAUAGUUCUGAAUUGAAGCAUUACUAGCAUGUGUUACAGUUUGAACCGAUUUACUUCAUUGAACAGCUUCACUCUCACGUUUAGUACAGCUAUGUUUACGAGUGGCUUGUUAUUUCUGUACUAAAUCAUACGACAGAUUAUAUGAGCCUCUAUUAGGUGUAACUAAAAGCUUAGUGAUUGGCACUUGCACGCUUUUGGAAGUAAACUUCGAUAUUUUCAAUUGUUUACAGUAUAAGGCACUUUUUUUUUUAAGUCGACAAUCAGCUUAUGCUAAAAGAAUAUUCUUGUAUGUUUUUCGUUCAGCCGUAAACCUUCUAUUUGUUGUACUCUGCUUUUAAAGCUUGUGCCACUUCUCACACGUAUGUUUUGCUCGCUUCUAUCACGCAGUCUGCUUAAAGGCUCAAGACAUCAUGUUUAUAAUGAUUUUUUUUGUUUUUCACGCUAAAUAUAACGUUGUCUAAAUCUAUGACACACACACACUAGUAGUAGAAACAACAGAGAAAUGCUUUUUUUUUUUUUUUUUUUGUUUUUUGUUGUUUUUUUUUUGUUGUUGUCUGGACAGUGCAAUGUUUAAUUUAAUGUGAAUUGUGCAAUACAGUCUUUAUACGCAACUAUACCCAAUUUUUAAGCUAAUGUGAAUGUGCUAUGCUGUCCUGACAAUGUUACGUUCUCUACUGUUGGUUGUUCAAUGUUGUCCUGACAAUGUUACGUUCUCUACUGUUGGUUGUUCAAUGUUGUCCUGAAAAUGUUACGUUCUCUACUGUUGGUUGUUCAAUGUUGUCCUGACAAUGUUACGUUCUCUACUGUUGGUUGUUCAAUGUUGUCCUGACAAUGUUACGUUCUCUACUGUUGGUUGUUCAAUGUUGUCCUGAAAAUGUUACGUUCUCUACUGUUGGUUGUUCAAUGUUGUCCUGACAAUGUUACGUUCUCUACUGUUGGUUGUUCAAUGUUGUCCUGACAAUGUUACGUUCUCUACUGUUGGUUGUUCAAUGUUGUCCUGACAAUGUUACGUUCUCUACUGUUGGUUGUUCAAUGUUGUCCUGACAAUGUUACGUUCUCUACUGUUGGUUGUUCAAUGUUGUCCUGACAAUGUUGCGUUCUCUACUGUUGGUUGUUCAAUGUUGUCCUGACAAUGUUACGUUCUCUACUGUUGGUUGUUCAAUGUUGUCCUGACAAUGUUACGUUCUCUACUGUUGGUUGUUCAAUGUUGUCCUGACAAUGUUACGUUCUCUACUGUUGGUUGUGCUAUGAUCUAGUCAUCGAACUCUCAAUGUCCUCAACAUUUUAUUGCCCGAACUAGGUUGUGAUGGCGUUGCUCUGUUAUUUGUUGACACACUUCUACAUACUCACAGAACAGAAAAGACUUUGUUACCUUGUUAUAGAAGUGAAUGUUAGAGAUUUCAUUAAAAACGUAUGUACCUCCAUACACUUGCAUAAAUGCUGUUCAAAAUCUGCAUUACUAGUUGUAGUGUAAUAUUCAUACAAUGAUAACAAAAUACAUAUUAUAUACAGAACUAUGGUUGUGGUAGAAGUAGUUAUUGUAUUUUAUACAGUUUAUACAUUUUAUACAGUGUAUACAUUUAUUGUUUUUAGUGUACACUUGAAAGUCAUAUAGCUUAUGUUUGAACAUAUGUUUUUAUCUUGGCAUUCAUGUAGACAAUAAGAGUAUUUCAUUCCCUUGUAUUUGACAAUAAGAGUAUUUCAUUCCCUUGUAUUUGACAAUAAGAGUAUUUCAUUCCCUUGUAUUUGACAUUUUCAGGUUUUGAAAGAUCUAGUCUCUUAAGACUACACCGAAAAAUAAACAAUGAUUUUUGCUUUUAUUUAUAUUAAAAGAACAGAAAAGUCUAUUAUACAACAAACAUUCCGUGCUUUAUUAAACUAAAUCUUAUGGAAGACAAAUUCGAAAGGCUAGCGUUCUUAUGGAUGAGAUUUAAAUUAUAAAAGAAACUUCCACAGCCUAGAGUAGUGGUUCCCAAACUGUGUUCAGUGGAACAAAAGGGUUCCGUGAAGCCUGAGUAUACGUUCCACGAAGUACUGGAAGAAUUAACAAUUGGCCAUCACUUGAAAUAUCAUCUUUAAAAAAUAAGAAUAGUUAAAUACUCAGAGUGUGCGAAGUUUUCCGCUAAAUACUCAGAAUGUGCGAAGUGUCCCGCUAAAUACUCAGAAUGUGUAAAUUGUUCCGUUAAGGAAAAAGAUUGGAAACACUGGCCUAGAGAAAACAAUUCCUGGUAGAAAGUUUGAAUGAGUGUUGUAUAAAGAUGUAUCCAGUCAAUGUUGUAGCAAAGUUUCAGCACCGCCGUGAUUGUUGUGAGCACUAUAUAAGACUAGGAAUUGUUUAGCAACACAAGUUGUUGUUGUUGUUGUUUUUCUGCCUAGUAGUAAACAUUAUGUCACUGUUAACAAAUUAUGUACAUCAACAGAUAGGACAAAGAGUCAAGCUAAACAGAACAUUAAAUGACCAAUCAGGGCAUUCGUUUAGUUCAACAUGUUUUUUUAUCGGCAAUAUUUCGGAUGGUUUCUAGAUAUGAAGGGACCUGUGGACAACAGUCUCCAUGGUUACUAUAACAGAUUUAACAUUUUUCUACACAAUUUCAUUGUAGUAAAUUAUUGUAAAACACGUAAAGUCUGUUUGAAUGAUUCAUUCAGAGCUAAUCUCUAAUCUAGUCUUAGUUUUUAGUACCACAAAAAAUAAUGACGCAAUGUAUAUUUAUGGACAAAAGAUAAUCUCUAGAGUUUUUAUCCCAUAAAUUAUUGAGGAGGCAUAUUUUAUUAAGACAAUCUCUAAACCAUAAGUCUUAAUACCACAGACAGUAAUGACGUGACAGUGUUAAGGAAGUGACACAAACAUUAUCACGUGAGCUAGAUGGAUACUGAGCGCUAGACAAGACAUAAAGACAUUGUCACGUGAGCUAGAUGGAUACUGAGCGAUAGACAAGACAUAAAGACAUUCUUGUUUUUAAUAAACAUUUGUGUACAUGAUAUUAGACUCCAGCCAUACCAAGCGUGUAUGUGAGAGCUAUAACACUUCAUCACAAGAUGUCACGAACUCAAACCCGAGUGACCUAAAAACUUUUAGUUAUAGAAACGUUAAACAUAGUUCGUCUAGUUCGACUAUUAAUAGCUCACGUCUGACAAAGGCAUGAUACAGCAAUAUGAAUAGUUUAGGUCAGUUUAGGAAUGUUCGCAAAAAUGUGUGAACAGUGACAUGUAGAGACGCCCCUGCUUUAAGUUCUCCUCUACUAGCUUUAGCUUUGUUGCGCCAAUGAACUACCUACAUAAUUGAUGACGUCAUUCCAGGUCCUACAUUCAGCAAAGGUUGUGAAAUGUACUUACACCCCAUUUUUUUUAUACCUUUCUCACCUUUUUGACUCAGAUACUCGAGAUUUUGUAUUCGAAAGUGUUGUGACCAGCCAAUUUAUUCUUAUAUAACUAUAAAUAUUUAUAAGCAUUUAUCUUCACCAUCCUCAUAUUUGAUGAUAUUCCAUUGAUACCAUAUUUCAUCCCAACUUUUGAGUCGUUUAGCGGGAAGUAGUUCUCCCCCUUAUCACAUGUGAAAAUACAAUGCCAACUCCUGAAAGUCUAUGUUCCACAUUCUCUACUGUGUACCUCAUCUCAUUGGGAUCAUGCAACUUACACUUUUGUAACAAAGUCACUUCAUCCAUUCGUCAUCAUUGUUACUUUACACCAUGAAUCAUUGCUCUAUUGUACACCAAUAUUUACUCUAUAGAAUGAUUAUAUUUAUUGAACUUUUUUCUUAAUUAAGUCUUAUUUUUUAAAUAAUUAUUAGACUUUAGCUUUGCCAGUGUUUUUGUUAUAGAGUGAUAUCUCUGAUCGAUUUAAUAGCCGAGACUUAUUGGCUUAGAUUCUUUGGUAGAUUUCUUACUUACAAAUAAAGUUUCUGUUGUCUUACUAUGAGCCGAUUCAAAAUCAGAUUCUUAUUGAAAAAAAUGUUCAUUCCAUUGUGAUCUUGAAUAUUUAUUUAUAGUUCUAAAUAUCUCUAUAUUCUAUACAAAGGUUUUUAAAAAUAAAAACACUCCUCUAACUAAAACGCGUUAAAGCUUGUUGCAAUGGUAUUGCAAGGAAGGUUACUCUUGUAAAACUUUGAUUGGUUUUAUCUGCUUAUCUUUCUUUGAUCAUUUCCCAUUUCUCUCUACAUAACCACCAGUAUCAAAGAGCAUAUCAACUUGACUUAGUGUUUUCAGUACAUGUGUUUCUUAAUGCCUCUUUAUAAAGCAACGACAACAACCCUGUGUGCUCAGCACGCGCUUGUGUGCUCUGACUUUCAACAUCUUUAUAUUAUGAAUCCUGACUUCAUUAAAGUCACUUUUAAUUUUUUAGAAAUGUUGAAAAUAGGUUUGAAUGGUGAAACAAGAGGAAAUAGCCUUUGACUAUGAGGUAUAAACAGAUUUGGUCUAAUGUCAUUUUUUUUUCUUAAUCAUUUCUUUCAUAAUACCAUAGAAGUAUUUCGAUCUGGAAGACUUUGUUACCUUUUUUUUUAUUAAUUACACAAUGUGAAAUUAUUUUUCUUGUUAUUAUUGUAACAUAUUUCGGAGAAUAAAUACUAUACAAAUUAUGUUUACUAAAUGUUAUACACAGAUGAGCAUAAUAGCAUGUGAACUUUAAAUGUCAUUAUAAUCUUGUGAAGGUUACAUAGGGCGACAUCCAAAGUAGGUUGUUGUACUUUGAGUUCCAGUGUAUUUGUAUUGAGCAAUUCAGAACUCUUUAACGUUAGAUUUAAGAAGGAGAUUAGAGAAUGUGUUCUUGACAUACAUGUCAAACCCUAAGGAAGAAAUACAUGCAUUGAAGUUGUUUUUAGUUAGUUGCUGUGGUUGUGGUUGUGGCUGUGGUUGUGGUUGUGGUUGUGGUUGUGGUUGUGGUUGUCCUUUCUGAAAGCGAUUCUUGUUUUGUUUGUUUCAUGUUGCUGUGUGAAAUUCGUUUCAAAGUUUGGCAAACGAUCUGUGUGUGUGUUUAAUGGUUUGUUUGUUGGUCGGUAGAUUUGCUUUGUAUGUUUUUUUUUCCACAAAAAGCUUCAACAUAAGGUGUACAUAACCUCAAGAAUCGUUUCAAUGGAGUUUCUCAAUGUCAUCUAAUGACGUAAUUGUGUGUGCGUGUUGCCUCUGUGUGUGCUGUGUGUAGAAACUCGACUGUUGUUCAUGCACUAAGCACGCUGGAGCGAUGGCUAGUAAAGAUAUUUUCUUUGACGCUAUUGAAUAUCGUCGCUUUUAUUUUGUAUGACAGGAGUCACGUGUUGUCACAUGUUAUGACAGGAGUCACGUGUUGUCACAUGUUAUGACAGGAGUCACGUGUUCUCACAGCGCUAUUUUCACCGACAUUUUUUUUUCCUUCGCAUACAUUUUUAGCAUUUUUAAAACGAAUUGUAAAAGAUUUAUCGGAAACAAAAUGUCUUAUUUUAUGUGUUAAAGAUUUUUAUUGUGGCGAUUUGAAUGGACUACUAUGUUUCUUCUACCUUAUUCGUGUGUUAGUAAUAGUGAUACAGAUGUAGAUGACCAUUAUUUAGUUGACAUUGCGACCAUGUGUGCUUCACUGCAGUAUUAGUCCCGCGCAUGUGUACGUAAGCUCAAGAAAUGGUAUUGAUAUUUUUUUGUUUUCCAAAUUCUAUCGUGAAUAUUCAUUGCGAUUUCUAUAUUUUAAAUUUCUUUUAUUUUUUUGUUACAAUCUAUCUGUGACAAGAACAAUAACUCGGCUGUGAAUGACAUUAAAAAGUAUUAAUUCCCUUUGCAUGUACUAAUAAAUGCACAAAAAAACGAGAUAUUUGUUUCAAAGAUGUUUCUAUUUUAACUUUCUCAUUAAUUUCCUCAUGCCUUUAGUCCCCUCCCCCCCCCCCCAUCUUGUACUGAAGUGACAACCAUCGAGUGUAUUGAUUGAUACAUACAAUUUCUUUCAAAUCAGAUAUAAACAUAUACUUGGUCUGGAUGCUGCACAUCCAUAUAUGUGUUUGACGUAUACGUGAUACUAAAGUACUGAGAUGUGUAUGACUUACUAGGAAGAUCAGAAGUGGCUGUCCUUCAAGUGACGCCAUUUCCUUACCUCAUUCUUUAGAACAUUCAUACUUCUGUUAAAGCUGCGUAGAUAAAGUAAUAACAUAUCUCAUUCAUUCAACUAUUCUUUUAAAAUAACGUAUUUAUGAAUACGAAUGAAACCGUAAAAAGUCAAGUUUAAAAAUGUGAUUUUUAGGACAUUAGAAUUUUUUCCUCUACCUAGGAAGGAGAUAUCACUCUUUAUAGCACAGACUUAAACUUAUACUUUUUGUUUUCAUAUUUAAUUAUCGAACUCAAUCAUGUUCAAUUUGUUUUUUAUAUCAUUUUUGUUUUCGAAUUCGUCGAGAAUCAAGAAAUGUGACAAAAUGUAAACUCUGAGCUUUGGUGAGUGCCAUGACUCAAUGGAACUGUAAGCGAACGUGUUUUGUUUCUGUUGUCCAUUUCAAGUGUGUCUAUGUGUGUGUCUGUAAUAUGUAAUACGUAGUCAUGUUUUAUUUUAUGUCUCCAAUGGUGUGAAGUUAAAAAGUCGCAUUAUUUUUUUUAUUCUCAAUUUUAUUUGCGAUACUAUUAACUUUACUUCUUAAGAUGUAAUUUUAUUUUAAUAACAAUAUUUCUUAUAGAAAAUAAUUAUGUUUUUAAUUAGUUAUUUCAAUGUGUGAGUUUGUUAGAAAUACUUUCUUUCUUUCGGUAUUUUAAUGAUUAGACUUUUAAAACUGUUCUUGAUGUUAUUUUUGAUUGUAUCAAAGCAUUGUUUUAUUGCUGCUCUAUUUUCUAUAGAAGCUCCUUGUUUAAGUGGAUAAAGGGAGAUAAUUCUGUGACCAGGCUUCAGCUGAUUGUUCCGCUUGUAUUCCUCUACAUUUCAAUUCUGUAGAUUAGAUUUGACUGUUGUUGUUUUGUGAACAUGUCUGUCAAUUCAACACAUUCUUGGUUUACUCUACAUUGGAGAAUGAAGAAUGGUCUCCAUGAUUAUUUUCUAUGUUUUAAAACAUUGGGCUGGGUUCUUUUUGUUUUUCAAUGUUUGCAGUUUUUAUUUUCAUUUUUAUGAUUUUGUAUUUUGAUCAAAUUUGUCAUUGUUUGAAAUGAAAUGUAUUAUAGUUAUUAGAACAAAUCGUGCAAUAUUAAAAGAGAGAAAUAUAAAAGAUGUUUGAGUGUUUUUUU